GUUUCUUUGACGCGGCCAAUUGGGGGGAUUCCUGAGCUCCUUUGCUCUGGGCUCUUUUUCGGCAGGAGCGUGCCCUCAGCGACUUCCAAUGGCUGGAGCUUCGGCACCCUUGAAAGUGUGCAUCGUGGGGUCGGGAAACUGGGGAUCUGCUGUGGCUAAAAUAAUAGGCAACAAUGUAAAGACAAUUCAGAAGUUUGCUUCUACGGUGAAAAUGUGGGUUUUUGAAGAAACUAUUAAUGGGAGGAAACUUACAGAUAUCAUAAAUAAUGAUCAUGAAAAUGUGAAAUAUCUUCCUGGAUAUAAACUACCAGAAAAUGUGGUUGCAGUCCCAAAUCUGACUGAAGCUGUGAAAGAUGCAGACUUGUUGGUUUUUGUCAUUCCCCAUCAGUUCAUUUAUAAAAUCUGUGAUGCAAUUACUGGACAUUUAACAAAGCAAGCUGUUGGUAUAAGUCUUAUUAAGGGUAUAGAUGAAAGCCCUGAAGGACUCAGACUCAUCUCUGAUGUAAUCCGAGAAAAAAUGGGGAUAGAUAUCAGUGUGUUGAUGGGAGCAAACAUUGCCAAUGAAGUAGCUGCAGAGAAAUUCUGUGAAACCACAAUAGGGUGCAAAAUCUCGGAAAAUGGCCUCCUUUUCAAAGAACUUCUACAGACCCCAAACUUCAGAAUAACUGUUGUGGAUGAUGCUGAUACAGUUGAGAUUUGUGGUGCUCUUAAGAACAUAGUGGCAGUGGGAGCUGGCUUCUGUGAUGGCCUUUGCUGUGGAGAUAAUACCAAAGCAGCUGUCAUAAGACUUGGAUUAAUGGAAAUGAUAGCUUUUGCCAAAAUCUUCUGCAAGGGGCAGGUCUCAAUUGCUACUUUCCUGGAGAGCUGUGGAGUUGCAGAUUUAAUCACAACUUGUUAUGGUGGCCGAAAUCGGAGAGUGGCUGAAGCAUUUGUUAAAACAGGAAAGAGUAUUAAAGAACUGGAGCAAGAGAUGCUGAAUGGGCAGAAACUUCAAGGACCACAGACUUCUGCAGAAGUGUAUCACAUUCUUCAGCAGAAAGGUUUGGUGGAAAAGUUUCCACUAUUUACUGCUGUUUAUAAAAUCUGCUAUGAAGGAAAGCCUGUCCAAGAAAUGAUCUCCUGCCUCCAAAGCCAUCCAGAGCAUAUAUAAAGUAUGCUUUGCCAUUGUCACAUUUCUUGCCUUUUCAUACUCACUCAUGAGUCCAAAGUAAUGUCAUUGGCUUGCCUACUCCAUGAAGAAAUUGCAGAAAUAUGUGUGUCUUUGGAUUUCUCUUAAUUAUGUAUUAUACAGCUCCUAGAAUACCAGUUGUUUUUAGUGGCUACAAUUUAGUUGGCUUUCAAAUAUACUGUGCAGAACUAACACACUCCUCAAACUUCCUAAUCCUCUUGCCCUAUUUGAAACAUUUGAUGUUCUUUUCUAAUGCUUCCUUUUCAAAGGGAUCGUCUAGACUUCCCAAUGAUUCAAGGGGAAGAUGCAAUUAGGGCAAAAAUAAGGUACUACAAUACUCUAAAAGCUUAUUGGACUAAAGAUCCUAUCAGUGCCAGAUGCAGUAAUAGCAUCAAGGAGAGCUUUACUUGUUGAUUUCUGGAGACCUAUAAAUUGAGCACAUCAUAUCAAUUUCACCUAGAAACUGUUUCCUAAAGUAUAGUAAGCUUCAAGACCCUGCAUUCAGAUUUUUUUUGAGUCAGAUUUGCACAUCUUGUAUGGCAUAGAUUGCCAUUUAAUGAAAAGUACUUUGGUAUCAUUUAAUUAGUGGGAAGUGGCAUUAAGAUUUUUAAAACUUAGAUUUAAAAAAUAAUUUAUUCUUAAAAGUAAUUUGAAGAAAUGAAGAUUUUUCAAAUGCGCUUUUAAAGUGACUGUGGCCUCUUUAAAAAAAAAAAAAAUUGGCUUGCCAAUCCAGUAAGCGUAUGGAAGUACAUUUUCUAAGGACUCCCGCUCUAUCAGGAUAUGACGGGAAUUGUAGUCCUAAGUGAUAAGGUUGCUGUUAAAGCAAAAAUUUGCCAUCCAAUAUUUAUCCCUUCUCUAAUUCAGCUUUCUCCAUUUUCUCUACCUAAGCUAAGAAUUUAAGGGAACAAAUCAAAGCUUUUUUGAUCUAGCUGUGAUGCUUAACAUCACAUAUUUUUAAACAAUGCAUAAUCCUGUGGAUUUAUAUAUGCAGCUUCAAAGCUGCUCUUAUCCUAGCUGAAUAUUAAGGUGAUAAUAUAGGCACAUACAUGAAGAUGAAGCAUAGCUGUGUGGAAGUUUUUACAUAAUAUGUUAUAAGACUGCAACCCAUCACUCAGAUUGGUCAGCUGCCCAGAAGUUCUUUCUGGUGGCAUUUAACAAGUAAUCUGCUGUCAUACUCUGUGUCAAAACUGUUAAGAUCAAUUGAGAUUGGUGUAGAAUUUUUAUUUCCUCAGCAUAUUGUUUGUCCAUUUGUGGGAUUAAAUUAGAAAGAGCCAAAGAGUUCCAGCAAGUUUCUGAUAUGGGAGUGUACAGCUUUUUCACUGAACUAACAAUGGCAUGUGUGCUUUGUGUUUACACUACCCAGCAGUCCAGUACUUAAGACACAGAAUUGACAUACACCAGCCUUUAACAACCUGGAGAGUGACAGAUCAGUAAAAAUCUGGAAUGCGUGGUCUUCACACAUUUUAAUUCUACCCACUUGAGAAGGCUAGUGCAGAUAACUUAAGAUGAUUAUAUCCAAAGUGAAUAUACUUGUGGUUCCCAUUACUCUGCAAAUGCUCAUUACUACAAAACAUUACUAUUUUAGCUGUUUUUAUUUUGGUGCCUUUUUUUGUUUCUGUUCCAACUAUUAUUUGAUUUGCCUUUGGAAAUCCAUUUAGCAGGAGGCCCACUUGUUAGUUAUGACUGUUUAGAAUGGGAAUAAGAAAAAUGACAAAAAUCAUGUUGGUUAAAUAAGUAAUAGUCUGAUUAACAAAUUAUGUAAAGCUAUCCUCUCAAUUUACAUCUAUGGAAUUACUGCACCUAUCAUUUGUGACCAAUAUGGGUAGUCUACUACUUCUGGAAGACAUUUGAUUGGGGGAAGCUGAUCUAACGUAUAUGAAAUUAAUCGUGUGUGAAUACUAGUUGUCUUGAUUAUUAUUAAGCUAAAAUUAAUACCUUAUCUUAGAAUAAUAGAAUGAAAGGGUGGAAGGGAUCUUGGAGGUCUUCUAGUCCAGCCUCCUGCCUUAGACAGAUCUCCUUAUGCCAUCCCAGACAAAUGGUUGUUCAAUUUUUUAAAAAAAUCUCCAGCAAUGGAGCUCUCACAACUCCAGGAGGCAAGCUAUUCCAUUGAUUAAUCAUUUUCACUGUCAGAAAAUUCCUUAAUCCCAAAUUGGAACUUCCUCUGAGGAGCUCCUACUCAUUCCUUUGUGCUCUGCUCCCAGGUGUUAUGAAUAAUAAAUUGAAGCCCUCUUCCCCAUGACAGCCCUUGAAGUAUUGGAAGAUUGCUAUCAUUCACUAGGCCAAAUCAUGCCUUAUUCCCUUAGCCAUUUAUCACACUUUAGUUUCCAAACUCCUUAUCAUCUUUGUUGCUCUUCUUUACACUCUUUCUGUCUAUUCUUUGAAAAGCAGAGUGGCAGAGUGGUUCCUCUCCAAUUUAUCCUUUUAAUAACAUUAGCUGAGGACAAUGACCAGCUGAAAGUUAUUCAGUUUGCUAAUAGAUUGACUGGCAGGAUUUGAAUAAAAAAUUCCAUUCAUAGCUUCAAAUGUUCAUUGUAAUACUAAAUUGGACUACAUUUAUUUUACAUAUACUCUCUGGCCUCAGAGCAUUAAUUUAGCAUGGUUUAUUCUCCUGUUGAGCUCGUUCAUUUCCACAGUCACUUUUAUUAUGAAUUGUCUGUUUUAAGUGGCCUGAAUAAGAUUAUUGCAUGAUUUUUGAGAUAGAAGAGGCUGACUGAGCACAAUCAUUUCACAGCUGGGAUCACAUUGAAAAUUAGGAAAUCAAGAUUUUUUUUAAAAAAACUUUCUAUACCAUUGUUUUUUUUCCCUUACAGAAAAUGUUAGAAAUUUAUUUUGAGAUACAAACCUCUGAGUUUUCCAUGGGUGGCAGUCACAAUUGACUAUAUAUGGCAAGCAUUAUUCUUGUCUCCUUUUCCUCUAAUUUUUUUCUGUAACACAUGAAGUAGAUUCUAGAAUAGUAAUUUGGUAGACUGGAGAACUCAGGAUCCUGCAAAUGUUGCAAGAUCCCGCUUCUCAUUAACUCCAAUCAGGUGGUUAGUGAUCAGAGGAUUGAGAGCUGUAGUCCUGAAAUGUCUGAAGGAUACCGAAUUUCCACUCUGAAUGUAAAAGGAAAGUAGUUCCUUCUUGAAACACCCCAAAUAAUGCCCGGAAUGUGACCCAAAUCUUUCUCAAUUUGGAUGCUUCCACAUGUGUUGAAACUGAUUGUAGUCCCAACACAUUUAGAAAGUUAUCAGUUGGGUGUAGCUAUUCUACCCCAAUGAAAAUCUGAUAGACUUUUCAUUAAGCAGUUAAAGCAAUUUUUCUGUUGCUGAUGUUCAUAACUUGAACGACUUGAAUGACUUGAAUACAACAUGGUGAUGAAAAAAAUGUUUAUACAUUUGGAAAGGCACGAUUGAGAAAAGGCUAAUAUCAUAAUAGAAAACACUCUCUUUAUAGUAUCAAAGCCUCCCAGCCCUAAUAUGAAGUGACUGCUUUUCUUUUAAUAUUGAAUCUAAACUAAUAUUUCUUCUUUUAAUUCUAACAUUCAAUAUGUAUAGUCAUUUUGUAUAUGUAUUUGUAAUACGUAAAGGGUUCUGUAAACUGAAUGUGAUGAAUUAUGCAUAUUGUCAAAUUGUUUAAAACUAUUUACUCCUAUUUUACUCCUUUUUCCCCACUUGAUUUUUAAAAUCAUAUAGAAGGGUUAGUAAAAGAUUUAUCUAUGUCACUCAUUGUUUUCAAUAAAACAUAAUAUUCUGUGUUUCUUACUUGUA